AUGACUGUCGCCACAGGCGACCCCUCGGACGAGGCGGCCGCGCACCCAGGGCACCCGCAGGACUACGACCCCGAGGCGGACCACGAGUGUUGCGAGAGGGUGGUCAUCAACAUCUCAGGGCUUCGCUUUGAAACACAACUCAAGACCCUCUCCCAGUUCCCGGAGACCUUACUGGGGGACCCCAAAAAGAGGAUGCGGUAUUUUGACCCGCUGAGGAACGAGUACUUUUUCGACAGGAACAGACCCAGCUUCGACGCCAUAUUGUACUACUACCAGUCAGGGGGCCGACUAAGGAGGCCGGUCAACGUCACACUUGACAUUUUUUCAGAGGAGAUCCGCUUCUACGAGCUGGGGGAGGAGGCCAUCGAAAUGUUCAGAGAAGAUGAGGGCUUUAUCAAGGAGGAGGAGAGACCGCUCCCCGACAACGAGUUCCAGAGACAGGUCUGGCUGCUGUUUGAAUACCCGGAAAGCUCAGGUCCUGCUAGGAUUAUCGCCAUAAUCUCCGUCAUGGUCAUCCUCAUAUCCAUCGUCAGCUUCUGUUUGGAGACCCUCCCCGUCUUCCGCAACGAUGAGGACGAAAUGCACAAAUCCCACGCGGAGAUCUUCUCACCCGAGACUAACACCACCAUCAUCAGCUACACAUCCACCUACUUCACUGACCCCUUCUUUAUUCUGGAGACAUUGUGCAUUAUAUGGUUCUCAUUUGAGUUCCUAGUGCGCUUUUUCGCUUGCCCUAGCAAAGCAGGCUUUUUUGUAAACAUCAUGAACAUUAUUGAUAUUGUUGCCAUCAUCCCCUAUUUCAUCACUCUUGGCACGGAGCUGGCCGAGAAACCAGAGGAUGGCCAAGCGGGUCAGCAGGCCAUGUCCUUAGCCAUUCUCAGGGUCAUCCGCCUUGUACGAGUCUUUAGGAUUUUCAAGUUGUCACGUCACUCCAAGGGCCUUCAGAUCCUGGGCCAGACCUUGAAGGCCAGUAUGAGGGAGCUCGGUCUCCUCAUUUUCUUCCUCUUCAUCGGAGUCAUCCUCUUCUCCAGCGCCGUCUACUUUGCCGAAGCCGACGAGCCCGUGUCCCAGUUCGAAAGCAUCCCGGACGCCUUCUGGUGGGCCGUGGUGUCCAUGACAACGGUCGGCUAUGGCGAUAUGGUCCCCACCACCAUCGGUGGCAAGAUUGUGGGUUCCCUCUGUGCCAUCGCCGGUGUGCUGACUAUUGCGCUGCCCGUGCCCGUGAUCGUCUCCAACUUCAACUACUUCUACCACCGUGAGACGGAGGGCGAGGAACAGGCCCAGUACCUGCAGGUCAACGUGCCCAAAGCUGACUCGGCGGAGGAGCUGAAGAGGAGCAGGAGUGGAUCUACCAUCAGUAAAUCAGACUAUAUGGAGAUCCAGGAGGUGGUGAACAACAGCAACGAGGACUUUCAGGAGGAGAACCUUAAGACAGCCAACUGCACGCUUGCCAACACAAACUAUGUCAACAUCACCAAAAUGCUCACAGAUGUGUAG